AUGGCUUCCCGGCCUCGCCGUUCGGCGGCCAAGAAGGCCCAAGAGCAGAUUACUGACUGGGCCGACAGCGAGCGAAACAGCAGCAUGUCAACCCGUGCUCGCCGCUCAGAGGGCCGCACCUCAGGUGUUUCUCGCGGCCCGCCGUCUUCUCCCGGAAGCGAGCACCUGAAUCUCACUGUCAAGGUGCCUGCCAACAAGCUUCGUGAAGCCACCAGCAGAGGAAGGAACUCGACGGGGAACAGCAUCUCGGUUAACAGCAGGGCCUCGUAUGGUAGUGAGAUUGUCGCCGGCAGACGCAACCGUGGUCCCAAGAAGAGCUAUGUUGUCGAGUCUGACAGCGAUGAGGAGGAUGAUGACGACGAGAUGGAGGAGCCUGAUGCCGAUGCCGACGAGGACGACAUGGAUGUCGAUGCUGAGGGCGAAGAGGAAGACGCUGAUGGUGACAUUGACAUGGACACCCCUGCUGCUUCCACCAUCAAGAUUUCGUUGCCCAAGGCCGGUAAAGUUGCUCCUCGGCGACCAGCAGCCGCCAGGGUCAUCGAGGAUGAUGACGAUGACGAGGAGGAGCUCAGUGAAAUUGAAGUCAGUGACCCUGAGAACACGAUGAACAUGAGCAUCGAUGUGGGGGGUGCGGGCGAUGAUGAGGACGAUGAGGACGAUGACGAGGACGAGGAGGACGCCGAAGGCGAAGAGGAAGAUGCCGAGGGCGAGGAAGACGACGCUGAAGGCGAGGAGGAAGAGAUCGAGGUCGCCGAUGAGACGGUGCAGCCGGAUGCUGAGGGUGAAGAGCUUGACAGUGAACUCGGCAGUCGCGAAGGAACUCCUGACUUGACAAAGAUGACGAGGAGGCAACGUGCCCGCUUCGAGGAUGAGCCACAGCAGUACAUGAAGCUCUCGGAUGAGGUUCAAGCGAAGAAGGUGUUCACAGCGGAAGAGCUGUCGAUGAGAAGGCUUGAGAUGGCCCGUCGACGACGAAACUUAUCGGACAAGCGCAACGAAGAAGUCAAGAUGGAAACCAUCAACAAACUGCUGAAGAAACAGGCACCUAAGACCAAGGGCAAAGGCGUCGGCGAUGACACGCCCAGCAGCGAGUCGCAGAAGCCCGACGUCGCGUUUGUCCGCUGGGUUAACUCCAAGAAGGGAAGCGUGGUCGCAGUGCCGGAGGAGAUGCUCGGAGGACCGACAGGCGAGGUAUUUGUGACCGAGGGUCUGAAAUCCGGCAAGAUGGUGGAGGAGGUUGCAUAG